AUGAUUUCCACAAACAUACAGUCCCUUGCAUAUAGAGACGUUGCCACGUUCCAGGUUGGUUCCAAAUCACAAUCAGCGGCACAAACUUUAAUUCCCUUGAUCCAACACCAUGAAACAGCUACAUUGCAAUCAUUGGUGCCUUAUAAAAUGUCGAUCGCUACCAUUUGCCUUGCCCCUGUGGGAACCAUCUUCGAGAAGCUUGACUUUAUUGCCUCGGCAGGUUUCCAGGGUGUGGAAAUCAUGGUUCCUGACCUCGAGCAAGCGACCCCGGCAGAAAUCUACCGGAAAUGCCAAACACUUAACUUGGAGAUUACCAUCUGGCAGCCCUUUAGAGACUUCGAAGGGCAGCCAACAGAAGAACGUUUCCAGGCCAAGAUCACCGAUUUCAGUGCUACCUUGGACAUUAUGGAUGAGCUCCACACUGACCUUGUUCUUUUAUGCACCAACGGUCAAGCCGAUGCGGUGUAUGAUUUUAAUACCUAUGUCCUGCAACUCCGUCUUGCUGCCGAUAUGGCUGCCAAGCGUGGUAAGAGAAUCGCCUACGAAGCCUUGUGCUGGGGAACCCAUAUAUUCACCUUGCAGCAUCUCUGGGAUAUCAUCAAGGCGGUUGACCGUCCGAACUUCGGGAUCUGUCUUGAUUCCUUCCACAUAUUUUCGCGUAAGUGUGAUAUUGAGUGUUGCGACGAGAUGAACGAGAAGAUCUUCUUUGUCCAGUUGUGUGAUGCUCCGAUUUUAGCUAUCCCAGAAUACCUCAGAUACUCCAGAAACUACCGCACCAUGCCCUGCCAAGGGGACUUCCCCAACCUUACUCUUCUCCACAAAAUAUACAGUAAGGGUUACAACGGAUACUUGUCCCUUGAGGUAUUUAACGAGGCCCUGAGAAACUCCGGGGACAACAAGGCCAUUGCCGACGAUGCUCUUCGCGGGUUAUUGCUCUUGCAAGCCGAGUACAUGUCGCUAUACCACUCUGAGACAUACUUCCCAGAUCCAGUGUCAGUUAAGGGCCUUGAAAUCGAAGGAUCUGUGGUUUCUGUGGCCCAGACCUCCAGCUUGGAGGAGCUAGCAACUCACAAUUUUAUAGUUGCUGACAGUGAAGCCGUUUCCGCAAGACUACAGUUGUUGGCUUACGCUAACCACGCUAUCCAUUUGAGCGAAGGUUCUGAAAAUCAUCUUUUGAAAAGGUUGAAUAUCACUUGCGAAUCUCGGUUCGAGUUCAAUCGUAUGAUUUUGUACCUACGCGGUGUCUUUGGGUUCGACGUGCUUCAACGGGAUGCAUGUAAUAUUUACAACAACUUUGGGUUGCCGUACAGUUUGAGUUUCGGGGCCAAGAAGAGAGAUAAUGAUGGGUUGGUGAUCAACAUCAGCACAGAUUGCGCCUUGGGUGGAUACAAGAUCUAG